AUGCUGGAAAAGAAGAUGGGCACUUCUGCCUCUGCUAUCUUCCUGCUCCAAGUUCUCCUCAAUUUGGUGGAUGUGGGUCAUGGAGCAGAGAAAAGUUUUCCUGUCCUGAACAUUGCAGUGAUUUUGGGAAGGACUCGUUAUAUUACAGAAAGGGAUGUCCGCUCUCUAUGGUCAAGAGAUAUGUCUUUGGACUUUGAUGUUAAUGUGGUGAGCUUGCUAGUCAAUCAGACUGACCCAAAAAGCAUUAUCACCCACAUCUGUGACCUAAUGUCUGGGACUAAGAUCCACGGGGUGGUUUUUGGAGAUGACACUGAUCAUGAAUCAAUAGCUCAGAUUUUGGAUUUUAUUUCAUCUCAGAUUCUUAUCCCAAUCUUGGGCAUUCAUGGUGGGUCUUCAAUGAUUAUGGCAGAAAAGGAUGCGAUGUCUACUUUCUUUCAGUUUGGAGCUUCCGUCAAGCAACAAGCCAUUGUCAUGCUGAAUAUCAUGGAAGAAUAUGACUGGCAUGUAUUUUCUAUUAUAACAAGUACCUUUCCUGGAUAUAGAGACUUUAUAAGUUUCAUAAAGACCACUGUGGACAAUAGUUUUGUGGGAUGGGAGGUACAGAAUGUAAUAACUCUGGAUACAUCGUAUUCUGAUGCAAAAAUACUAAAUAUGCUGAAGAAAAUCCAUUCUUCUGUUAUACUCCUUUAUUGUUCAAAGGAAGAAGCAAUUUAUAUUUUGGAGGAAGCUCGCUCCUUGGGUCUUAUGGGGUUUGGGUUCACAUGGAUUGUUCCUAACCUGGUAACUGGUAACACAGAUAUAAUACCAUUUCAGUUCCCAUCUGGAUUAGUUUCUGUGUCGUACGAUGACUGGGAUUACAGCUUAGAAGCGAGAGUAAGGGAUGGACUUGGAAUCAUAACCACAGCUGCAUCAGCCAUGUUGGAAAAGUAUUCCAUAAUUCCAGAAGCCAGGACCAGCUGUUAUGGACCUAGCGAGAGAAGUGAAUUGCCUGCUCAAAGGCUUCACAAAUUCAUGAUAAAUGUCACUUGGGAUGGAAAAGAUCUGUCCUUUACUGAAGAUGGCUAUCAAGCAAAUCCAAAAUUGGUAGUUAUACUGCUCAAUACAACAAGAGAAUGGGAAAAGGUGGGAAAAUGGGAGAAUAAAUCCCUAAAUGUGAAGUAUCCUGUUUGGCCUCGGAUAAUGGCAACCGCCGACAGUGAUCCCGAUGACAACCAUCUAAGCAUUGUCACCUUAGAGGAGACUCCCUUUGUCAUUGUAGAGGAUGUGGACGUACUGACAGGGACAUGUGUAAGAAACACAGUGCCGUGCCGCAAGUACAUCCGACGGAAUAACUCAACAACCGAUGGAACGUAUGUGAAAAAAUGCUGCAAGGGAUUCUGUAUAGAUAUCCUAAAGAAACUCUCAAAGACUGUCAAAUUUACCUAUGACCUUUACCUCGUAACAAAUGGAAAACAUGGCAAAAAAAUCAAGAAUGUGUGGAAUGGAAUGAUUGGAGAAGUGGUCUAUAAGCGAGCGGUUAUGGCUGUCGGUUCUUUAACUAUCAAUGAGGAACGUUCUGAAGUUGUUGAUUUUUCAGUUCCUUUUGUGGAAACCGGAAUUAGUGUCAUGGUAUCUCGUAGCAAUGGCACUGUGUCUCCAUCUGCUUUUUUAGAACCGUUUAGUGCUUCUGUCUGGGUGAUGAUGUUUGUGAUGCUUCUCAUUGUGUCGGCCGUGGCUGUUUUUAUAUUUGAGUACUUUAGUCCCGUAGGAUAUAACAGGAAUAUAGCAAGAGGGAAAGAACCACAUGGACCUUCAUUCACUAUAGGAAAAGCUGUCUGGCUGCUGUGGGGUUUGGUUUUCAAUAAUUCAGUUCCUGUGCAAAAUCCCAAAGGAACAACCAGUAAAAUCAUUGUGUCAAUCUGGGCUUUUUUUGCUGUAAUAUUUUUGGCAAGUUAUACUGCCAACCUGGCUGCUUUUAUGAUCCAAGAGGAAUUUGUUGACCAAGUCACUGGGCUUAGUGAUAAAAAGUUUCAACGGCCACAUGAUUAUUCACCUCCAUUUCGGUUUGGCACAGUCCCAAAUGGAAGCACAGAAAGGAAUAUUAGGAAUAAUUACCCAGACAUGCAUCAGUAUAUGGUGAAAUUUAAUCAAAAAGGUGUUCAGGAUGCGCUGCUCAGCUUAAAGACUGGAAAGUUGGAUGCUUUUAUCUAUGAUGCCGCAGUGCUGAACUAUAUGGCGGGACGAGAUGAGGGCUGCAAGUUGGUCACUAUAGGCAGUGGAUACAUCUUUGCCACCACAGGCUAUGGAAUAGCUCUUCAGAAGGGCUCACCAUGGAAACGACCUAUUGAUCUGGCCCUUCUACAGUUCGUUGGGGAUGGUGAGAUGGAGGAGCUGGAGACGCUGUGGCUGACGGGUAUUUGUCACAGUGAGAAGAACGAAGUGAUGAGCAGUCAGCUGGAUAUCGAUAACAUGGCCGGAGUCUUUUAUAUGUUGGCUGCAGCAAUGGCUUUAAGUCUCAUAACCUUUGUCUGGGAACAUUUAUUCUACUGGAAGCUACGAUUCUGUUUUACUGGAGUGUGCACAGGAAAACCGGGUCUACUGUUCUGUAUAAGCAGGGGCAUAUACAGCUGCAUUCAUGGAGUUCAUGCAGAAGAAAAGAAAAAAUCUCCGGAUUUCAGUUUUACUGCCUCUCAGACAAAUAUGUUAAAACUGCUAAGAUCAAACAAAAAUAUUGCUAACAUGAAUUUGUCUAAUAUAAAUCCUUCACAAUGCAAUUCCCCUAAGAGACCUUCUGACUAUAUUCAGAGAGGUUCACUGAUAAUGGAUAUGGUAUUGGAUAAAGGCAAUUUAAUAUAUUCAGAUAAUAGACCAUUUCAACCAAAGGAAAUUUAUGGAGAAAAUACUCAUGACCUUUCCAUGCUUGCUGGGAAUCGACACAAAGACAACCUUAACAAUUAUGUGUUUCAGGGACAGCAUCCUUUAACACUUAAUGAAUCCAACCCAAACACAGUUGAGGUCGCCGUCAGUGCAGAGCCAAAGACAAACUCCAGACCCAGACAACUUUGGAAAAAAUCGGUAGAAACAAUGCGCCAAAAUCAGGAAUCAAUAAAUGAAAAUGGAAAUGAAGAACCCAAAUCAUCCAGCAAAAGCCAAUGUUUUCUUCCUGAGGAUGGUCACUUUUCAGAUGCUUCAGAAACAUCAAGUAGGGCCACAUGUCAGGUAGACCCAGAAAAUAACAACAAGCAUCAUAAAAGUAAAGACAACAUAAAAAAACGAUCUGGGACAUCCAAAUAUCCUAGAGAUUGCAGUGAAGUUGAGCUCAGUUAUUUAAAAACCAAACAGUGUUCUACUCGUGAAAAAAUCUAUACAAUUGAUGGGAGCAAAGAACCUUCUUAUCACAUUGAACAACCUCAGUAUGGGGAAAACCAACCUGCUCAAGAUGAUGGAGAUUAUCCUGAGAUUUACCAAGAUCACAAUGAUAAUUACAGAAAGUCAGAACCACCUCUGCAUGUUAACAGGACUCCCUUGCACAAUGAAGACAGUCUUCCAAAUAAUGACAUCCAAUAUAAACUCUAUUCAAAGCACUAUAGUUUAAAGGAUAAGAAUGCAUCUUUAACUGAAGCCAAUGACAGACAAAGGCAAAAUUCUACCCACUGCAGAAGCUGCCUUUCUAAUGUACCCAGUUAUACUGGUCAUUACUCAGCUAGAUCCCCAUACAAGUGUGAUGACUGCCUGCACAUAGGAAAUCUAUAUGAUAUUGAUGAAGAUCAAAUGCUACAUGAGACGGCCAACUCUAUGCAUUCUGAGGAUGUCUAUGAGCACAACUGGAUUGAGAACAAUGCUCUACAGUUUCAGAAAAAAAACAAAUUAAGAAUUAAUCGGCAACACUCGUGUGACAAUGUCAACAAACCUAGGGAAUUAGAUAUUGGGCGACCACCUCGUAGCAUAAGUCUGAAAGAGAAAGAACGAUAUAUUCAAGAAAGCCCCUUUGCUAAUAUCCUUAUUGUCCCUCCCGAAAAACUUUUGGGACACAAAGCUUCGCUGUUUACACAAUCUUUAAAAGACAAUAAGCGAAGCAAAUCACUGUACCCCGAUAAUUGCUCUGAUAACCCUUUCCUGCAAUCCUACCAGGAGAACCAAAAACUGAGUCACAGAAGAAGUUCUUCUGACCUUUAUAAACAAUCUUCAUCAUCAUCAACUAAAGCUAGAAAUGAUAACUAUUUAAGAUCAUCUAUAAGAUCCACAACUUCACAUUCUUCGAGGGAUGGACGUGUACCCAAUGACACGUGUGUUUCAGAGUAUAUCAUGCCUUAUGUCACUAGCAAGAAUAAUGUGUAUUCUACUCCAAGGGUAACAAAUACCUGCAGCAAUAGAAAAGUGUUCAAGAAAAUGCCUAGCAUUGAAUCUGAUGUUUAA